CCCGGCGCCCCCGGGGGGUUAAAGUCGGAGCCGAGAGGCGGCGCGCGCGGACUCGGGGCCCCUCGCCGCUCGCGACGCCGUCGACGCCCGCGCCAUGGACGGAGGGUACAAAUACGAGGAGUACCAGGACACGGCCAACUGGCUCCAGGCCCGCACCAAGCACCGGCCCCAAGUAGCCGUGAUCUGCGGCUCGGGGCUCGGGGGCCUGGCCGACCUGGUCACUGACGCCGAGGCCUUCGACUACAGCUCCAUUCCCAACUUCUCCCGCAGCACAGUGCUCGGCCAUGCCGGCCGCCUGGUGUUUGGGAAGUUGAGCGGCCUGACCUGCGUGGUGAUGCAGGGUCGAUUUCACAUGUAUGAGGGCUACUCGCUCUCGAAGGUGACAUUCCCCAUCCGAGUGUUCCGACUCCUGGGCGUGCACACGCUGGUGGUCACCAAUGCGGCCGGAGGGCUCAACCCUGAUUUUGAGGUCGGAGACGUCAUGCUGAUCCGUGACCACAUCAACCUGCCUGGCAUGAGUGGCCAGAACCCCCUCUGCGGCUUCAACGAUACUAGAUUUGGGGAGCGUUUCCCCGCCAUGUCCAACGCUUACGACCGGGAACUGCGGGACCGGGCGCACCAGGUCUGGCUGCAGAUGGGGGAGAAGCGGCCUCUGCAGGAGGGCACCUACGUCAUGCUAGCGGGACCCAACUUCGAGACCAUCGCCGAGUGCCGCCUCCUCCGCCUCCUGGGGGCCGACGUUGUCGGCAUGAGCACAGUGCCGGAGGUCCUGGUGGCACGGCACAGCGGCCUGCGCGUCUUCGGCUUCUCCCUGGUCACCAACAUGGUGAUCACCGACUACGAGAGCCGGGCCACGGCUAACCAUGAGGAGGUGCUGGAGACCGGCCGCCAGGCUGCCAAGAAGCUGGAGAGACUGGUGUGCACGCUGCUGGGAUCCCUCUCGGCGCCUGGAAAAGGCCACUGAGCUCCCGGGGCUGCCGGCUCCUCUCGGGCCUCUUGCGAGGACCGAUUCUUCACCCGCUGCUUGGCAUGCCUGCCCUCUGGCAGCCGUCCCCCAUUCAAGCACUUCCCCAGUCAGGGACAAACUGUCUUUGUGCCCCUCCUCCUCUUCUUCUUCCUUUUUGUGCCUUGGGAGGGGGCGGGGCUCCCCCUGGCCGGAGCCCACUGCUUUCCGGCUUUGCUGACGAGCCCUGACUUGGGCCCCCGCGGCCUGCCAUCCCAACUACUACAGAAUUCUGUGGGGAGGCGACCCCGGUCCCUUGCUUCCUCCAGCUGGGCUUGGCCCGGCACCUCUGUCCCUGUCCCCUCCGCCCUCCGCCGUGCAGGAAUAAAGUCACCUUGGGACAACA